ACAACCCAAAAAAUCCUAUUUUAAGUGAGUCCUUUAAUUUAAUUGUUGUGUGAACUAUGGCUGUAACUUGAAUCGUUUAUCAUUAUGACCGGUGUACAUUACAUUAAAUAAACAGCGCAGAUUAGCAUAAAAUGUUUAAAAAAUUCUAAAUUGCUAUCAAAUAAACUUCAAAGUCAAAAAAUUCCUAAAAAAAAAAAUCAAUUUGAUUUAAGACCAUUUCGAUAUGAAGCCAAUUCGCCACCUAAGCACCUGUGAAGAAAUUGAAGAGGACAGCUCAGGGGUAGCGGUGAUACUUGGAUGCGACCAGCCGCCGCAAUGUUCCUCCAAAAUGGUGCUUAUGGCGCCAAAGAUAAGGCUUGGAAGUGGCUACGAGAUGCCCGUGCUGGGGUUUGGAACGCAUAAGUUGCGUGGAUAUCACUGCUUGACGGCAGUACAUUGUGCGCUAGAGACAGGCUACCGACAUUUUGAUACGGCGUUUUGCAAUGAGAACGAAAGCGAGGUGGGCAUGGCGAUCUUAUCCCAAAUUAAAAUGGGAAAUGUCUCAAGGGAAAACAUCUUUAUCACUACAAAACUAUGGAAUACACAUCAUGAUCCACGAAAUGUGCGUCGCAUUUGCGAAUCUCAGCUACACAGGCUCGGAUUAGGAUAUAUUGAUUUGUAUCUUAUGCACUCUCCAGUGGGCUAUAGGUUCAUGUGUGAUGAAAUCCUUAAGCCGACAAAGGCUGGAAAGAUCGUAACAACCGAUGUCGACUACAUAGACACUUGGCAUGCCAUGGAGGAGCUCGUGAUGUUGGGCUUAGUACGCAGCAUUGGUGUCUGUAACUUUAAUAUGGAGCAGGUGCAGCGCGUUAUACAAUGCAGCUCUUUAAAACCGGUCGUAAAUCAAGUCGAGCUCUGGCCCGGUUUUAUGCAAAAGGACUUGGUUGACUAUUGUCGGUACAACGGAAUCGUUGUCACUGCCUAUAUACCUUUAGGGCAUCCAAAUCGAAUUGAACAUACACCAAAGUAUUUCUUCUCGGCGGGUAUGAAGCGCUUGGAGAAAAAAUACAAACGCACUGCUGCACAAAUAGUUCUGCGUUACUUGAUUGACUACGGUGUCGUUCCGAUUAUCAAGGCUUCUAAUGCUAUGCAGAUUAGACAAAAUCUAGCCAUAUUCGACUUUCAGCUGAACUAUGCAGAUACUCUUGCCCUGAGAAGUUUGAAACCUAGGGGUAGAAUUGUAACGCACGAUUCAACUAGCAAUCAUCCAUUCUAUCCUUUUGAGAAGGAAGAUGAGGUUGAUGAAACACCAAUCAAUGCUUAUCACGAUGAAUCGUUUCAAAGAGCGGGCGCAAAGACAAGACAAAGGCCUGACCAUAAGCCAAAGCAAAAAUCAGACAAAAACGCCAAGUUGAUGGCAGAUCAAAAUACCAACCAUGAAAUGUCUCAGAAAAAUCAAGCUGUGGUUCCGGCUCCCAAGACCAAGUUUAUGGCAGUCGAAGAUACAAAUCAUGAAAAGUCUCAAAAAAAGCAAGUUGCGGCUCCGGCUCACAAGACUAAGUCUAUAGUAUUCGAAAAUACCAAUCAAGAAACGUCUCAGAAAAAGCAAGGUGCGGCUCCGGCUCCCACGACCAAGUCUUUGGUAAAUACCAAUCAAGAAACGUCUCCGGGAAAGCUAGUUGCGACUCCCAAAUCUGCAAAUGCACCGCCUCCUGUAGAGUACGUUAAUCGCAAUGCUUCAACUGUCAGUUUCAAGAAAGAUUCGGACACAUCUCCUACACAACCACGUAAAAGCUCUCAAGCUCUGACCGGCCGAGUAAGAUAUAGCAUGCCAUAAAUGGGUCAGGAGAGCCGUGUUGGUGAAAUAUAGGAUAGCUUUUUAUAUGCUGCCUGGUAAAAUGUCUCUUAGUAGGUAUACAGAUGCCAAUAAAUACAUGUGGAAUAAUAUAAAAACGCAUAAUUACAAGAUUUACGGAUAUGAUAUAGUUUUUUGUGAGUGAUAUAGUUUUUUUUAAAAGGCGCGUAUGCUUU